AUAAUCAGUUUAGAGCCUAAAGGCGGGAAGCGGAGGAGGUCACUGCAAGAGAGAAAAAAGGAGGGAACUAUUUAGAAAGCGCGUAGCGUCCACGUUUCGAGUUCCAUUUAUUAUUCCAUUCCUUCAGUUACCUGCUGUGCCCACGGCGCAUACCUUGGCCCUCGCCAGAGUCGAGUUGUGUGUGUGUGUGCUGCUGCUGUGAGAUGCGGGUGAACGGUUGAGUUUUUUUUUUUUUCUGGUCGGUGCUGUUCUUUUUCAACUCAUCUAUUCAUGUCGCCAUCGACUCAAAAAGACGACAUCUCCAACAGAAAAAGGACCAGAAAUCAACACGUGGCAUUUCAUCAAAACGAAGAAAAAGUGUACGAGUGUGGUGAUUCGAGUGCAGCCAGCAGAAAAAGUGGUUCAUUGGACGGCCAUUCUCCUCGUGUGUCUUAAUCGCCAUCGUUGUGUUUUUGCGAUAUUCGUUUGUGUCGUUGAGAAUUUUUACGGUACAUUGGAAAAACCAACGCCCCAGUUGAAUGACAGGUGGUACAACAAUAACUGAAAAUAUUCCAGUCUGAUUCAUUCGGUUGACUGAUCCCAUCGAAUCAGGCGAAUUUGAUGUGAUUAUAUGAAGCCCCAUGUGCGUUAUGGCCAUACACCACACUCGACGGCUAGUGGCGGGGGCGGGGCUGGAUCUUCGUCCGUUGCUGCCGGACGUAGCCAUCAACUGUACCGGCGGCCUGGCGGAGGUGAUGACGAUGACUCCUCGAUGAUUGAAGAAUACAAACUGGAGGAGCAAUUGGCGCCGUUCUACGAGACGACCUCCUCCUCGUUGUCGGAACGCAACGAACGAACAUCCUCCUCCUCUGCGCAACAACAAUCGGCCCGAUGUUUCCUGCCGUCGGCCUCCCAAUCGCCCGGCGUCAAACCGGCUCUCAGGACCAUCUCCAUCAUGGAGACGCUUAGCGAGCUGACCAAUUCCCAAUCAGCUCGCGCUAGCGGGGCCGAUGGAGCCACCAGUCGGAUACGACGCCCACCGGAAGAGACUUCAUCUUCGUCCUCUUCUGGUGGCACGCAAUCUAAACCUCAUCCGGCCGCGUCUCACACGGCCCAACAAAUCGGCAUCCAGCGACGGAUGAAGAAAGGAGACAACAACAAUGGGAACUCUAUGACGGCCAUGGCCAGCUUGUUAGACAUUCCCCAGUGGUAUCCUACUACGAAAGGGAGAGUUGCAUCCGGUCGGACGGAUGUAAUGGGCCCAAGUGUCAGCAGUGAAAGAGUGUGGGACGUUUCUCAUUUCGCCAUUGGAAGACCGUCCACCAACAAACAUCAGGGGAACAACAACAAUUUGACGGCCCACCGGAAUAAAGCGCGCAGUGUCCAGGAUAUGUUGCUUCUUCACAGUCCGUCCAAAUCGAUCCAGUCUCACAAGAACAACGUGACAUCCAGCUCGUCAGGUGUCGUUGUGUCGUCGGCCACCAGUGCGCACGGUUACGGCUCCCUGGAACGGAGGCGAAGACGACGGCCGGGCACCAGAGCCGGAACAGCGGGAUUCGGUGUUGGCGUGUCCGCCCGUCGCGGCGAAACGGAUUGGGAACGCGAAGCGGACGAGGAAGAUGACGACGAAGAAAAUGUCCGCGUCUACGGCGCUGGUUUGUGCGUUGUUGAUGGAAGGCAUGACACUGAACCGAUGUACCCCAUGCAAAGUGCUGUGCCCCUCUUCCGGCAACAACCAUCGAAAAAUCACGGACGGAAUAACAAGAACGAUCCUGUUGCGGAGGUGACUCGUCACAACUACAAACCGCCGGCCGAAUGGUUCAAAGAGAAACGACCUUCUCCAUCACAUGGCCAGCAAACCAACAGAAUGCUCAAGGUUGGUGGUGGUACGUCAGCGCCGGAACAACAACAACAACAGAUGUUGCUUAAUAAGGAACGUGGACAAACGCCGGAUUGGAUUCACAAAAUCUUUGACGUUGCUCGUCGUGGCCAUUUGUUAAAAUUGCAACGAGUAGUGACCGGGAUGGAGCCAACAUUGGUUAGAAACCUGUCGGAUCAUCGAGGCAACAACCUGCUGCACGUCCUCGCCGGAUCGGGCAACGCUGACGCAUUGGCCUGGCUCUGCUCCUCGUUCGGUCCGGAGAUGCAGGACGCUCUGCUGGACGAAAACAAGCGCGGAUUGACGCCCGUCGUCGCCGCCAUCCAAGCCGGCCGGUUGGAAGCGCUCCAAUUUCUGGUGGAUCACACAUCGGCGCGUGAACGAUUGGCUCCAGUCGAUGGCGACCGUUCCCUCUUGCACAUAGCCGCCAAAUACGGCAAGAUCGACCUGGUGGCCUGGCUGGCCCAAUAUAUGGAAUCGCACGGCUUCGAGGUGGAUCUGCGGGACCAUUGUGGACAUAGCCCGCUCCACCUGGCCGCCAGGGCCGGGCACGCAUCGGCCGUUGCCAUCCUGGUGGCCCAUGGUGCUGACGUCACUGCCAAGAAUGACAUGGGUCAUCGUCCUCUGGAUCUGGCCAGCGCCAACGGCCAUGUGGGAGUUGCACAACUGCUCCGGCUCCAUGAUGCCGCUCUCUGCCUGUCGUCGGAAACACUGGAGGCCAACGAGGAAUUGGACAACCUCCGCGGAGACUACGCCGAACUCAAAUCCUACUUCAGGGACGUGCUGGUGAUUGGCAAGCGCUUCGCCAAGGAGCGAGAUGAAAUGUGCCGCCAGCUGGGCAGGCUCUACGAGGACGUCACAUCCCUCCAUCAGGCUUUACUCUUUGAACUGAGGACCCUACAUCGAGAUCUGGCUGGCGUUAGGGAUCGAGUCAGCAGUUCUCGCAAAGCCGGAGAAAUUGCAGACCGCAAUUUGGAUGAAAGCGUCGCGGUCGUCGAAGCGCUGCACGAUAAGUGGCAAAGCCAACAACGUAGUUGGUUCUCGAGUAAUUUAGCCGACAUGGAACAUCGUCUGCUCAUGGCCGAAGAUGGCUGGAAACGAUUGCGCACGUCCACCAAUACCAAACACCGUACUUGUCAAAUCAGACCUCACGAGCUACUCAGGAGUCGACUGGCAGCUGUCAACGCCCAGGCCAGCAAUAUCCAGUGUGACGUGACGACCCUGUCAUCCGACGAAGGCUCUUUAUAUUCGGGUUGUUGUCAAUCGGCUGGAGCCAGUUCGGAUGGCGAGGAAAACGACGCCUUAGUGUCCAUCGAGUCUGGCAACUACAACAAUAGUGCCCAUUUUUCGCCACCGGCCAUCAACAGCGCUGCAGCCGGUCGAGCGGCAGAGAGUGUGGCAGUUGCGGGUUCAACGGCGGCUAACACGAGCACCACCGGCCCACCUACUUGGUACAAGAGCCCGAGGAGUUUGGCCGUUGCCUUCAAGUCACGUCAGGCUGCUAGCGGCCACGCCCGAAAUGGAACGGCGGCAGCCGAUUCAACAAGCGGGGCCGACAGCGUCUACGGCACGUUACACGCGGCCGUCCGCAAUAUGGGCCAUAAUCCGGCCGAGCCAGAAAUCAAGGAGCAACAGCUGCUGGAGAGGAGCUACCACCGGAAGAAGCCGACGCCUUCAUCAUCUCGGCAAGAGCUGCGCAAGAAAUUGCAAGAAGUCAAACUCACGUCGGAGUCGGGCAACGCCUCUGUCAUUGAAGUCAUCGAGCCAUCUAGUAGCGAAGCGGAUGACGACGACGUCCUCGACGGACGGACUCCCCGUGAUCAGUCGACGCCGUUGCGAGGCAGCAACACGCGCUCGUUCAACGCUUCCUUCUCCGAAGAGCUGGAAAGAGCGAGGCAAAGCAAACGGAUGCAUAACAAUCCAUCGGUGGCCAAUGAAUCCGUUGGUGCUGGAGUGCCUGCCACAAGCGCGACGGCCAGUGCAAAAACAUUAGCCGAACCUGAUUUGUUGGCUGGAACUGUCCCCGUUAUGGCUGGAUCGUCUUCGCGUAGCUGUCACGAUCUCAGUUUGGUCCAGCGACUCGUCGAUCAGCAACAAUUGGUAGACCACCAGCUGGCCACUGGUGAUGAUGCGGAGGUAACUGGCAACUCUACGCGGAGUCAUUCCAGCUUGAGCAGCAGCAACAACACGGCGGUGACGUCGGUAUCGGUCCCGGCUGCUGCCGGAUCACGCAAAAAAAGCGGAGGAUUUCUCACGAAAUUUGCGUUGAAAGCGCGUUGGCCGUCGAAGCGUUCCAGCAAGUCCAGUUCGGCUGAAUCGCCGUCUUUAUUGACGCCGGCAACGUCACCGGUCGCGUGCGGCUCUCCGCAAACGACGGCCGAGACGGAGAGUGGGCCGUCUGAUUUCAGUUUAGGCGACUCGCCAUCGACUUCAUCGCCGCCGCCCGUCCAUCACCAUCAUCAUCGUCAGUGCGAAGAAGAAGAAGAAUCGACAGCAGGGACAUCUGGCGGUGUAGUUGCCGGAUUGAGUCAGAUGUUUGAGGACAUGUCCAUGUCCGGCAUGCUCAAAUCGCCGUCGAAACCCAACGCCCAGCUGAUGGCGGCCAGUCUAGAAAAGCGUGCGAGCCACUCGUUGGCUGGCCCAGAAUCGUUGGAUGGAUCGCGAUGUAAAUCGGCAGCGGCUGGAUCGACGCCGGCCGAAUCUUCCAAUCAACAGGUGGUGAUGGAUUUGCCGCCAUCCACGUCGCCUCCGCCAGUACCCCUGGAGAUUGAAACGUACAAUUCAAUGUCUCCGUCUAGUCAGAAUGAAACGUCGUCCUCGUCCGUCUGCAGUUCCGGCGGUACUAACGUCGUCGGCGGAAUGCAACCACCUCCGCCACCUCCGCGCUUCUCGACCAACAGCAAAGGAUCGUCGGAUUUAUCAUCGAGCAGCAGCAAAGUGAGCAGCACGUCCGGCGGAGGAGUCAGCGGUGGAGUCGGUGUAGGAGGAGCCACGCCAGGCUCAUCCUCUGCAUCAUCGUCGACAUCGGCUUCACAUGGAGGUGCCGAAUCGCUUAGCGUAGCCGCUUCGGAGGACUCGGGUAUCGUCAUGGCACGGCCGGCUUCAUCCGCUUCGAAAUCGGAUUCAUCACCUCGUCAUCCGCCUUCGUCAUCCUACACUUUCACGAACGCAUCGACAUUCAGUCCGCUACGCAAAGCAACGCUCACGGGAAGUACGUCUUCUUCGUCGACUCAUCAAUCCAUCCAGGCAGAGGCCGAACAACAGCGGCAAGGUUUAUCGUCUCCAGCACCGUCCGAUUGCAUUUCGAAGGCGGAAUCGACAGCGAGUGGUGACCUGCUUCUCUCCAAAACGGAAUCGAUGCGCCACUUCCGCCAGUUGGCUCGCAUCGAAGAACAAGCGGCGAGCACAACCGGUGUGGUCGCUGGGCAAAUGGUUGUGGAUGCGGAUAGGAAACCUGUUGAGCAUAUGACAUCAACUGCCGGCCAAGAUGCCAGCGUCGAAAUUGCCCACCAAUCGGGCCAGAUAUUGACGUGGAGAGAAGCGAAAUUGAAGAAUCAAGUUGUGACUCCACCGCCACUUGAAGAACGACUUAAUAAGACACGCGUGAGAUUGGAAGAGAAGAGCAUCCGGACGUUGAAGAAACGGCACCACCACGUUUCGGAACGGCCGUGGUACGACGUGUCCGACGACGAGUCAGAUUUGCUGACGCCCGAACGACUCACUAAGCUCAAAACGUCCUUGUCUAGCAGCGACAGUCCCAGCAGCGACAGUAACGGUAGCCACGGCAGUAGCAGCAGUGGCGAAGAGGAAGAAGUCUGAGGUACCCCUAAUUUUUAGAAUAGUUAAUUGAUCAUUUUUUUUUUUUCGAAACGUAAGAAAUAAUUAUAAUAUAAGUCCAUCCCCCCAGUUGCCAUAUAUAUUAUACAUACAUAUAUAUUAAGUAUUUCAACUUACUGUCAGUCCUAGAGGAACGCAUAAGACCUCGCCUUUUUUUUUUUUUUUUAUUAAUUUGGUUAGAACGACGAAGUGCUGCCAACAGUGUAUAAAUAGGUAUGUUGUAUAGUUAACUUUCAGAAUUUCUCGUGUUGCCAAAUACCUCCCUUCGUACGGCUCUACGUACACAGUUAACACCUGCUUUUUUUUUCUUGAUCAAAUGCCAAUGCAAACAUUACUGAAAAAGCUAGCUGACAUGUGGGAGUGCCAUAUCAUAUUUGAUUUGUGACGUAAAAAUUUCUAGCGAUGGGGAAAACAUUUCGAUGUGUGGGGUUGUCGUUUGUUGCUUUGAAAGGCCAGGCUCCACAUGUUUUUGCAUAAGCCUCUGUAUACAGUAGCCAGUCUGGAACCCUUUAAAUUUUUUUACAUACUUAUAUACAGUAUAUACAUUACUUAUAUAAUAUAUAUAUACAUAUAUAUAUGAGUCUUGUUGCUUAAACAAUAUUGUAAUUGAUUACGUUUUUCUUUUUGCGUGUGUUUUUAUUUUGAAAAAUCAGACCUUGAAAAUGUUUUGCGGUUCAAGUGGAUCAGGGAUCUUUUUAAUUCGUGUCUUCCCCGUUUUUUUUUUUUGCGCUUUCCCUCUGUUUUAGCUUAGAAAAACAUAACCAAACUUAAUUUGUGGUUAUUCCACAUCCCCAUCAUUUUUCAGAUGUCAUUUUUAUAUAUUUCAAAAAAAACAAACAUUAAAAGACAAAAAAAAAAUAAAAAUUUAACGCCGAGGUAACAAGAAAUCACCAUUGGGUCGAUACGUUGCUACUGUGUUUUAUUUCGUGAUUUCGUAUGUAAAAGAGGCAAAUUUGAAUUUAAGAAACUUACUAAGAUUCCCUUUAUCCCACCCCGCCCAUUGACCCACACAGUACGGUACCUGAAAGUUGCAUCAUUCAUAACCAGCAAUCAGCUAUUGGGCUAAUUUCACACUUAGUUUUUUCCUUUAACCAAUCACAUACCCGAUGGCUAUAUUCAAUUAUUUUAUACUCGACUUUUAUUGCAUCUUAGUUUAAAAACAGAAAAAAAAAAUUGAGAAAAAUUCCGUCCAUGGUUGUUGUUGCCGAUGAUGUUUUUAUUCGUUAGCUAUCCGCCCCAUUUUGCUCAACAAAAAAAAAGUAAUAAUAAUAAGUAAAAAGUUUGUGAGUUUGUGUGUGUUUGGUGUGUAUAUAUCUAUACAGUUUUUGAUUCUGCUGUAAUGUCCUUUCCCAUUACGUCGUCAUCACCACCACCCCCUUAAUAUCUUGCGUGUGUUUUCUUUUUUCCCCUUUUUAUUUUGCUGAUUUUGAUGUCAAUAAAAUAAAAAUAAAAGAGGAAACAAUCACCUUU